GUGGAGCUCAGUGUCCUCUGUGAACAAGAUCGGAUCCUGCAGGACUUGGAGGACAAGAUCCGGGCUCUGAAGGACAAUAAGGACAAACUUGAAACGGUCCUUGAGGUUUUGCACAGACAGAUGGAUCAGUACAAGGAUCAACCUCAGCACACGGCGAAAAUCUCCUACCAGCAGCGCCUCCUACAGGAAGACUUAGUGCAGAUCAGAGCCGAGAUGUCCAAAGUCUCCUCGGAUAUGGAGAAUUCCUGGAACGAGUAUCUGAGGCUGGAGAGCGACGUCAUUCAGCUGAGACAGUUAUUACAGGAACAAAUGGGCCGAUCCCCGUCUCCUCAGGACAGAACUCAGCUGCAGAAGGAUCUGUGGAGAAUCGAAGACGUGACGGCCGGACUCAGCGCCAACAAACUCAACUUUAAAAUGCUGGUCGAGUCCUUCAAGAACCCAGAAAGGAAAACCGUGCCUUUGGUCACUUCCACAUUCGUGCCUUCCGGAACUACAGCGUUUACAUCGGUUCGCAGUAAAUCAGCGUCACCCCAGAACCCACCAAGUCUUGUGAAACCGACACUAGAAGUGGGACUGUACCCUCAGCCGUACGUCCAGGGCCGAUCCCAGUCACAGCCUCAGCUGCUGCAGAGACCAGAACCGCGCCUGCAGUCACCGACCAGGGCGCCGACGCCACCAACGCCUGAGGACAGCGCCCCCCCGCGGCCCCCGCUGCCUGACAUGUACAGUCCUGAAGAGGCCGACCCUGCGCCAAACAUCCCACCUCCACCUGCGCUGGUGCCACCGCCGAGAGAAUCGUCCGUCAUCAGACACACGUCAGUGCGCGGCCUAAAGAGACAGUCCGAUGAGAGGAAGCGAGACCGUGAGCUGGGCCAGGGUGUGAAUGGAGACUACAGGGUGGAGCUGCGAACGUACGUGAGUGAUCCGGAACUCGCUAACCUAGGCGACAGCAACACCUCCACCUUCCAGGGCUCAGAUUCCGGCUAUCAGACAUUACCCACCAGAGGUUUAUCGGGGUCGACCUCCCGAGUGUCUCAGUCAUCGUCUGUUGCGUCGUACGUCACGUUGAGGAAGGGCACCACCACAGACGCUCCUAAGGACAGACCAAAAAGUGCCUUUGAGCGCCUCUACGAUGGCGACAACCAAAGAGGUAAAAUGAGCGCCGAAGAGCAGCUGGAGCGCAUGAAACGGCAUCAGAAGGCCUUAGUCCGUGACCGCAAGAGAACGCUGAGCCUGGGAGACAAACAGGCAGUCACCAGCAGAGCCGCACCCCGACCGCUGUCUGCAGACCUCAGCUCAUGGAGGCGCGAGCAGGAGUUUGAUUUCCAGCUGCUGGAGAAGGCAGCGCGAGACGUGGAGGAGCGAGACAAGGAGGACGACCACGACUGGGUGCGCGCGAGAGCCGUACAUGUGACCGAACUGGACCUGGAGCCCCAGGACUACGACCUGGACAUCAGCAAAGAGCUAUCAAUGCCAGAUAAGGUGGAAAUACCGGAGCGGUACAUAGAUCUGGAUCCGGACGAACCGCUUAGCCGAGAGGAGCUGGAGGCGCGAAACCGGAGGGUGGAGAAGAUCAAGAACAUCCUGGCCCGAUCCAGCGUCCAGAACCUUCUCCCCGAGGACUCCGCUCCUGAUGACCUCGAUGUCCAGAUACAGAAGCAAGAGAGGAGGAUAACCAUGUCAUACGCCCUGGCCUCCGAGGCCUCACAGCGCAGCAAACAAGUGGCAG